CUGGAGGCAAUAAAGGAAACAAUGCAACACUUUAUAGCCCCGUGCAAAGUAUCCAAGCCAGGUAGGUAUCCAACUGGUGGCAUCCAAGCAGGCGGACAGCGGCAGAUACCGACGCUUGUGUCCGGUGGCAGCGGGGCUGAGAAGCUCUCUGGAGUGGAUGUUGAGCAUUGGUGCACCGAUGUGGCCAUCGCAUCAGCCCCCAAGAAAGCGCAAGCAAAUCCAUUCCAGGGGUAUUAGUAGUGUAAUGCUUCUUGUCGAUCCUUUUCUAUAUGGUGACUUUCAAGUUUAUAAAUAUCCUCUACCUAUCCUCUCUCCAUUGUUUCUUUGUCUCUCUCUAUACAUAGCUCACUCAUCACAACAACAACCCCUCCUCUUAUCGCUUCUGAUAAGCCCAUUCCCCCUGCUACACCACCCCACCGCUCACUCACUCAGCUUGUAGCUCACCUCUCAGUCGCAAAAAUGACCGAAUCAACAACUACCAAAGACCGCAUAACCUGCCACAUCCUCGACACAACCCUCGGCCAACCCGCCCGCUCCGUUCGCGUCUCCCUCUCCCUCCUCUCUACCUCCACCGCCUCCCCCGGCCCCCUGAACCCCCCACCAGUCUUCGAGUCCACCACCGACGAGGACGGCCGCAUCAAGACCUGGCUCCCCUACUCCUCCGCCACCUCCUCGGGCGAGGUCCCCGUCUACACCCUCGAAGACGUCUUCGGCUCCAUCAGGGGCCCCUCCCGCUGGGUCCUCAAGUUCGACACCGAGUCCUACUUUGGCGGGCCCGACAAGACCUUCUUCCCCGAGGUCAACGUCGUGUUCAACGUGGCCGAGGGGGAGAGGUAUCAUGUCCCGCUGUUGCUGGCGCCGUAUAGCUAUUCCACUUACCGGGGGAGCUAA